AUGGGCUGUGCAAUACAGGAAGCGCGAGAUUUGAGAGGCCUUCACUGGACAGCCCAGAGUGGCCGAAGCAGUCAAGACGCGAAGCAAAAAACGGCAGUAGGGUCUCGCCUCGGCGGAUGCUCACGGAGCCGCGGAGCUUCCGCAUGUCAACACGUCAUGGGAAGCGCCGCUCGCGUGAAGCUUGUCUUCUCCGCGGCGCCGCCCACAGUUCUUCCUCGGUAG